CCCCCUGUGGCCCAGGCCCUGAGAGACGCGCGCCCAGGCAGCGCCGAGGGAUGCGCAGACCGGGUCCCCGCAGCGAUGGCCGGGCAGCCCCACACCGCGCGCGGCGAGAGGGUGCCGCCCGCCGUGGCCCGCGCGCUCCACGGAGGUGAGGACGGCGCCCGCUCGCCGUGGGAGCCGCACAGCGCCCGCGCGCCGUGGGGGCCACGCAGGUCGGCCAGGGGCGCGCGGCUGGCGCCGCUGCAGGGCCCCACCGCUGCGCCGCCCUGUCCGCCAGGCGCCGCUCCAGCGCCGCACGCCGCGCCCGCGCAGAGGCCGCGGCCGCUGGCGCCCGAGCGCCCGGCCGCCGAGGGCGCCGCGCCCCCGCGCGAGGCUGCGCUCGAGGUGGCCCGGGCGGCGCGGCUGGCGAAGGCCGCCAAGGUGUACGGCAACGUCGUCGUCCCCCACGCUGGACUGCUGGCGGCGGGGCGGGCGCGCCCGCCGGAGCGGCCGGCGGCGGUCAGGGGAGGAAAUGUGCCGAUGUCUUGUAGCCGGCUGGGGGUCUGA